AGGCGGCGAUAGCCUCAGUAAUUGCGCCGCGGCCCAAAGGGGAGAACACAACCGGAGGGACGCGCUAGAGCCUGUUUAUAUCCCUGUCGGGACCGCGCCCGGAGGGGAGGCUGAGGCCGAGGUGAACGGCCUCGGGCUUGCCGCAGCUGCGGAGAUAAAUGUUGGGAGUUGGACGGGGUGGGGGCUGGGGAAACGAGCUGGGGAUCGGUGGGAGGACGCACGAUGGGUUUCCUGUUUCCGACCUUUAGAAUUUAAAAGCCUGACCCAGGAGGACUUUGGCGUCUAGUUGUCAUAACAACCGGCUGACCGGCGGCAGGAGGGGGUCGGGGUCGGAGGUUUGGGCGGAGCUAACGGGCUGCAGCCAAGAAACGGACGUGGAGCCAGUCAGGAUUCGGGGGGACCUGCUGUUUCGUGCAGCGUUUAGCGUAAACCUCGUCUGCUGGGUGAGCCAAGCUCCUCAACUUGGCGUUCAGGACCCUUCACGAUCUUGUCCGUUUGCACCGUAUAUUCCAGCAACUGAAAACUUCUUCCCCCACAUAUUGGGCACUUUUCACUCCUCUGAGCUCUUACGUGCUCUUCCCGCAGCCUGUAAUGCCUUUUCCUCCCCUAUUGCCUUGUCCUCCUGGAGAACUUAGAGUCUCUGGUAGUCCCCUUCACCCGGGUGAUUCUGUUGCCCUCUGAUCUGCCCUGCAGCCGGAGAAUAUCCCGUGAUGUAUAUACCAGAUAUGUCCCCACUCUGCUGUUCCCAGGUCAGGUGCACCAAGCUCCUAACCCCACUCCUGUGAGCAAAGAAGAAGUUCCUUGGAUGAUGGCACGCUGAGAAGCAUCCCAUGGCAUCCCAUGACAAAGAUGUGGGGCCCUUACUGCCCAAUCCCUGGGAUGCCAUCCUUGAGGCCGUCAAGGAGCAGCUCCCAUCUCUGGACUCAGAUUCCUCCUCGUCAAACUGCGAGGAAGAGGAGCUGAUCAUCUUCCAGCGAAAUCAAACCGCCCUGAUUCCAGACUUGUCAGAAGAACUGGCCAAAGACCCUGACGGGGCCCGGGUCACUUCCUCUGGGUCUCCUCCUGAGCCAGCUGUAGUGCCUGUGGAAUCUGCCGGAGAACCCUGGGGAGAGUGGAACGCUGGGGCCCAGCCCCAGAAGUCAGCCUCUCUGGAAGGAAGGGCCCCUGGCAGGCCUUUGCAGAGCUGUGACGAGAGCAGCUCUCUUCUCAGGAUGCCUGCAGAGACCCCCAUGUGGCAGGAUGACAAUGGGCGCACAGCCUUCAACACCAGUACAUCACAGAGUCCUUGCCAGGGGCCACAGGGAGAGGCCACUCUCUCCCCUCAGGAAGCAGGCCUGCAGACAGAGCCCCCAGGCGCUGCCUCAUGGGCCCAGGAAGGCUCAGACUCUGCAAACCGCAGAGCCCUCCGGAGGGAGAGAAGGAAGAUGAUCAAGAAAGACAUACUUCACAAAGUCACCUGGGAUGCCCAGGACACAGCCUACCAGGACCUGAGUGGAGUGAAGGAGACGCCCUGUGAUGCUGCAGAAACGCUGCCGGAGGGGCCCCAGGGGGGACUGCCCUUGCUCUCCCUCCAGCAACUUGAAGAGUGGGAUUUGGAUCAAGUCCUUCAGAGUCUGACAGGGCGAGAAGAGGACCCGGGAGAUUGCGCUUCUGGAGCCGCGUGGUGGGCAGCGGACCGCCUCCAGGGCCGAGACCAUGCCAAGCCGAGCACCCAGGACAGGCUCAUGGAACAACUCACGCUCCUGUGUGCCUCGCAGUCCAGAGCCUUUUCCUCUGCCUGGAGGGUGCCUUCUGACACGCCCCAGGACAUCAAGCCGCAGGAGGCCGGAAGCAGAUGCGCUUCCAAGGAGCUGGGCUUCCAGGCGCUGGCCAUAGACACGCGGCUAAGGAGCCCAGCGGAGCCUCCCACCGUCUUCAUUGACCUGCGGCCGACAAAGCCAUCAGACCAGGGGCCCUCGGAAAGCUGCAGCUCCAGCUCCAGCUCCAGCUCCCACUCCAGCUGCAGCUCCAGCUCCUCUGACAGCGAGGAUGAGGGUGAAGAGGAGACAGCAGCUCGGCGAGACCAGCAGGGCCCAGCCAGGCUACGGGACUGCACGGGGAAGAGUCAGCUCCUCCAACAGCUCCGGGCCUUUCGGAAGGCAUCGGCUCAGCCCAAGCUGCCAGCUGGCGAGGGUCCCGGAAGCCAGAAGGCUCAGGCCCCUGGAGAUACGGCUGGAUCCAGCCCCGGGGGGAAGCAACAUGUAACACUCUGGGCUGAGAGACAGAAUGCCCAGGCCAGACCCCCAGGAGGAAGUCCCAGGGCCCUGGGGGACCCUCUUGGGCCAGGGACAGCCAGGGAGGCCCUGGUGCCUCCUCCAGGCCAAUUGUAGAUGCCUCCGGUAACGGAUCUGAAAAGGUGAAUAAUCUGAGGUGAAUAAAUGGAUAAUCUGACUUUCCAUCGACACCCAAGGCCCUAGUGGUCCCCUCGCUCCCCCGUCUCCAUCAGAAUGUGCCUUUGCAGCACAGGGACCCUCCAACUGAGGAUCUGCUGCCAGCCCUCUGCUAGAAUUCAGUCAGAACAUCUUCAUGCACUGAGAGCAAAGAUGCCAGUGCAAACUUGUACGUGUAGCAUGACAAAUCAAAUGGCCCCAAAUCCUCUGAAAAUGGACCAGAAGGAAACACCGCGAAGACAACAGUUUUGUUCUGAUAGUGGGACUUUGAGGUUUUUUCACCUUUUUCCAUUUC